UGUUAUGUGGUUUUAUGAUGGUGAUGGUGAUAGGUUACUGGUUGUUAUGUUGAUGGUGAUUGUGAUAGGUUACUGGUUGUUAUGUGGUUUUAUGAUGGUGAUGGUGAUAGGUUACUGGUUGUUAUGUGGUUUUAUGAUGGUGAUUGUGAUAGGUUACUGGUUGUUAUGUGGUUUUAUGAUGGUGAUUGUGAUAGGUUACUGGUUGUUAUGUGGUUUUAUGAUGGUGAUUGUGAUAGGUUACUGGUUGUUAUGUGGUUUUAUGAUGGUGAUUGUGAUAGGUUACUGGUUGUUAUGUGGUUUUAUGAUGGUGAUUGUGAUAGGUUACUGGUUGUUAUGUGGUUUUAUGAUGGUGAUUGUGAUAGGUUACUGGUUGUUAUGUGGUUUUAUGAUGGUGAUUGUGAUAGGUUACUGGUUGUUAUGUGGUUUUAUGAUGGUGAUUGUGAUAGGUUACUGGUUGUUAUGUGGUUUUAUGAUGGUGAUUGUGAUAGGUUACUGGUUGUUAUGUGGUUUUAUGAUGGUGAUUGUGAUAGGUUACUGGUUGUUAUGUGGUUUUAUGAUGGUGAUUGUGAUAGGUUACUGGUUGUUAUGUGGUUUUAUGAUGGUGAUUGUGAUAGGUUACUGGUUGUUAUGUGGUUUUAUGAUGGUGAUUGUGAUAGGUUACUGGUUGUUAUGUGGUUUUAUGAUGGUGAUUGUGAUAGGUUACUGGUUGUUAUGUGGUUUUAUGAUGGUGAUUGUGAUAGGUUACUGGUUGUUAUGUGGUUUUAUGAUGGUGAUUGUGAUAGGUUACUGGUUGUUAUGUGGUUUUAUGAUGGUGAUUGUGAUAGGUUACUGGUUGUUAUGUGGUUUUAUGAUGGUGAUUGUGAUAGGUUACUGGUUGUUAUGUGGUUUUAUGAUGGUGAUUGUGAUAGGUUACUGGUUGUUAUGUGGUUUUAUGAUGGUGAUUGUGAUAGGUUACUGGUUGUUAUGUGGUUUUAUGAUGGUGAUUGUGAUAGGUUACUGGUUGUUAUGUUGAUGGUGAUUGUGAUAGGUUACUGGUUGUUAUGUGGUUUUAUGAUGGUGAUUGUGAUAGGUUACUGGUUGUUAUGUUGAUGGUGAUUGUGAUAGGUUACUGGUUGUUAUG